AUGGAAAGAAAUAUGUUCAUCACUAACCCAUCUGCACACUUACCGUUCUCUUACACCUUCACCAGUAGCAGCAACAGUAGCACAACCACUAGCACAACCACAGAUUCAACCUCCGGUCAGUGGAUGGACGGUCGGAUUUGGAGCAAGCUACCUCCUUCGCUUCUUGACCGUAUCAUCGCUUUUCUUCCACCUCCAGCGUUUUUCCGGUCACGUUGCGUCUGCAAGAGAUUCUACGGUCUACUUUUCUCCAAUACUUUCCUCGAGAUAUAUCUACAACUACUUCCUCCCCGACACAACUGUUUCCUCUUCUUCAAACACAAAACCCUCAAAAGCUACAUCUACAAGAGAGGAGGUGGAGGAGGAGCAAACGAUGAUGGUUCCAAUAAAGCUGAAGGCUUCUUGUUUGACCCUAAUGAAAUCAGAUGGUAUCGUCUCUCUUUUCCUUACAUCCCUUCAGGGUUUUAUCCUUCAGGUUCAUCUGGAGGGUUGGUGAGUUGGGUCUCUGAAGAAGCUGGUCUCAAAACCAUUCUAUUAUGUAACCCUCUUGUUGGAUCCGUGAGUCAGUUGCCACCAAUGUCAAGGCCAAGGCUGUUCCCUUCGAUAGGUCUCUCAGUAACUCCAACUUCCAUUGAUGUUACCGUCGCCGGAGACGACCUCAUAUCUCCUUACGCCGUGAAAAACCUCUCCUCGGAGAGUUUCCACGUUGACGCCGGAGGGUUCUUCUCCCUUUGGGCGAUGGUUUCUUCUCUGCCGCGGCUUUGUAGCUUGGAAUCAGGUAAGAUGGUUUACGUGGGAGGCAAGUUUUAUUGUAUGAACUAUAGCCCUUUUAGCGUUUUGUGCUAUGAGGUUACGGGAAACCGUUGGAUCAAGAUCCAAGCUCCGAUGAGGAGAUUUCUCCGGUCUCCAAGCUUGUUAGAGAGCAAAGGAAGGCUCGUUCUCGUGGCGGCCGUUGAGAAAAGCAAGCUUAACGUUCCCAAAAGCCUUAGGCUUUGGAGUUUGCAGCAAGAUAACGCCACGUGGGUCGAGAUCGAAAGGAUGCCUCAGCCGCUCUACACACAGUUUGCAGUGGAAGAAGGCGGAAAAGGGUUCGAGUGUGUCGGAAACCAAGAGUUUGUAAUGAUUGUGUUAAGAAGGGCUUCACUUCAGUUGCUGUUUGAUAUGGUGAGAAAGAGUUGGUUGUGGGUCCCACCGUGUCCAUACUCCCGUGGCAGCAGUGGCGGUGUUGGCUCAGGUGGUUCAGAGGGAGAGGUGCUGCAGGGUUUUGCUUAUGACCCGGUACUUACUACACCCGUGGUUAGUCUUCUUGAUCAGUUAGCACUUCCAUUUCCUGGAGCCUGUUAG